AUGGAAAUAUUGGUGUUGCACCAGAAUCCGAAGUACAAGGCUAAAUGUAUCGAACUGUUGAACUCGGAGUGGCCCCGAUCGGAGUAUGCACGUUCGCUAAGCUUUGAAAAGAACAACGACGAUCUUCCUGUAUCUCUGGUGCUAGUACGUCGUGAGGACGACAAGGUGAUUGGCCAUUCGCGUCUGUGUCGUAUUCCGGGUCUUGCCGGAUGGUGUCUUGUGGAGUCGGUGGUGGUGGCGAAAGACGAACGUCGUAAGGGUUAUGGCAGGAAGCUGAUGCAUGCAUCGGAAUGCUUCGCCCGAGAUUCCGCCUUCCACACCAUCUACUUGACUACGCACGAUCAGGUGGCAUUUUAUGAAGAUUGUGGCUAUAAGCCAUGUACACCGCUGAUCACUGUUGGAAGCAGUUCGAAAUUGUUGGAAGGAGCCCGUUUUUCAAAACUCUUGGCUCGACUUCAGCAGACAAGCGAUCAUCUUGAAACCCUAAGCACUGAGGAGUCUCAUCCACAACAGCUUUCGGUGAGUGUUUCUUCAAGCGGAUCGAGUCACGUUUUGAACGACUGCUCUUCCGUUCCAGCACCACCUCCUCUUCCACCUACAUCGCUUGAACGCUCUAAUUUCAUUCGUUUCAGUACCGCUACUGUCUCGAUGAAGAAAUGCCUUUGA